AAUCUUGCAGCAUGUUCCUGAACGCACCCUCAGCGGCUGUUGAGUUCGAAAUGCAUUGUGGGCCGCUGUGCCGGUGGAAAGCUUCUCGAAGGAACUGCAAAGAUGAUGCCCACACCGGUUAUCCUGCUGAAGGAGGGGACAGACACGUCUCAGGGCAUUCCCCAGCUCAUCAGUAACAUCAAUGCCUGCCAGGUGGUUGCCGAGGCUGUCAGGACCACCCUUGGGCCCAGAGGGAUGGACAAACUGAUGGUUGACGGCAGAGGCAAGGCCACGAUCUCCAACGAUGGCGCCACCAUCCUGAAACUGCUGGACGUGGUUCACCCUGCUGCCAAGACCCUGGUGGACAUCGCUCGCUCCCAGGACGCUGAGGUCGGGGACGGCACCACCUCCGUCACUCUCCUGGCUUCUGAGUUCCUGAAGCAGUUGAAGCCGUACGUGGAGGAGGGUCUCCACCCGCAGACCAUCAUCAGAGCAUUCCGCACCGCCACCAACCUCGCCGUAAACAAGAUCAAUGAGAUUGCCGUCCCUGUGAAGAAAGACGAUAAGCAAGAGCAGAGGCAGUUGUUGGAGAAGUGCGCCUCCACAGCCUUGAAUUCCAAGCUAAUCGCUGAUCAGAAGGAAUUCUUCUCCAAGAUGGUGGUGGACGCUGUCAUGUCUCUGGACGAGCUGCUGUCUCUUAAGAUGAUUGGCAUCAAGAAAGUCCAGGGAGGAGCCCUCGAGGAGUCCCAGUUGAUCUCUGGGGUUGCGUUCAAGAAGACCUUCUCCUACGCCGGGUUUGAGAUGCAGCCGAAACGCUACGAUAAUCCCAAGAUCGCUCUGCUCAACGUGGAGCUGGAGCUGAAGGCUGAGAAGGAAAAUGCAGAGGUUCGCGUGAAAAACGUGGAGGACUACCAGGCCAUUGUGGACGCAGAGUGGAACAUCCUGUACGACAAACUGGAGAAGAUCCAUCUGUCCGGAGCCAAAGUGGUUCUGUCCAAGUUGCCAAUCGGUGACGUGGCCACGCAGUACUUCGCUGACAGAGACCUGUUCUGUGCUGGCAGAGUGCAGGAGGAAGAUCUGAAGAGGACCAUGAUGGCCUGCGGUGGCUCAAUUCAGACCUCAGUCGGAGCUCUGACAGACGACGUCCUGGGACAUUGUGAACUCUUUGAGGAGGUCCAGGUCGGAGGGGAGAGGUACAACUUCCUCAAAGGCUGCACGAAGGCAAAGACGUGCACCAUCAUCCUGAGGGGCGGUGCAGAACAGUUCACAGAGGAGACGGAGCGAUCCCUGCACGAUGCCAUCAUGAUCGUACGCAGAGCCAUGAAGAAUGACUCCAUUGUCGCGGGCGGAGGAGCCAUAGAGAUGGAGCUGUCAAAGUACCUGCGGGAUUAUUCCAGGACCAUCCCUGGAAAGCAGCAGCUGCUGAUCGGCGCGUACGCCAAGGCCCUGGAAAUCAUCCCCAGACAGCUGUGUGACAACGCCGGCUUCGACGCCACCAACAUCCUGAACAAACUGCGCGCCAAACAUGCUCAGGGCGGCAUGUGGUAUGGCGUUGACAUCAACAACGAGGACAUUUCAGACAACUACGCAACCUGUGUCUGGGAGCCGUCCAUCGUGCGGAUCAACGCUCUGACAGCAGCGUCGGAGGCGGCCUGCCUCAUCCUCUCCGUCGAUGAGACGAUCAAGAACCCCCGCAGCUCUGUGGACGGACCUCCAGGCGGCGCCGGCAGGGGCAGAGGCCGCGGGAGACCCCAUGCUCACUAAGAGGAAGUGGGAAACAAAACCCCCUUUUUAAACUGGCAUUGACAUCCAAAUCUCUUCAGUCAUGGUCAGGUUACAUUUAAACACAGAUGCAGACAAAGAAUUGUUUCUCUCUUGUGUCUCGACAUGUUUGACCUGAAUUUGGAUUUGAAUUCUAGAUAAAAUGAGGUGUUGUAACCAGUCAUACUCUUUGUGAACGGCAGGUGUAGUGAAACAAACCAAAGAGGGGGAAAAGAAAAGAUAAUUUUGCAAUUUCACAACAUCGUCAAAGAUCGCCGAUGUCUCUUGUGUUUUUGUUUUUCACCAGUAUGUUUUUCCUUAAUGAGCCCUUGACUUGCUUACGUCUGUUCAACAUUGUCCCACCUUUGGCCAUUUCACUGGGGAACGAUGUUGAAAAACAAGAAGGAUGAAAUCAGUUCCCCCUCUUGGUUUUGAGAUAUACACACUCCUGUCCCCUUAAGGUCAGGUCUUCCUCUCCGACCUGAAGGAGCCCUUCUGUAAUUUUGAAUCUGUUUUUUUCUUUCUGUUACGUGACAAACUGUGUAACAUGAAAAGUGAAGCACUGAUGGGAUGUCGAGCAGUUGUUCUGAACCAUUCAUUGGUUACGCUGUGAGAAACUAUUUAUUGGGCCAUUCUUAUCAAUAAAUUCACAGCUGAGAUCAUA